AAAGUCCUUAAAUGGAUCACGGUGCCAGAUUUUACCCGGCGGAGAACAAGCUGUGAAGCUUCGUAUAAUCGGCAAAUGUCCAAAUCUGAUGUCCAACUCUGAACUCUGCUGAACAGUGUUUCCGGAUAACAACUACCGUUUCAUUGAAUUCUUCAUCAGCCAAUUAGUUCAACACUCAACACACGUGCUAUAUAAGAAGAAUUCUGAAGCCUGCAAACCAACAGCCAUGGAGAAACUUCAUGUCCAGAGUGUUCUAGUGACAGGAUCCAAUCAAGGGAUUGGCCUGGGGCUUGUCAGCCAAUUCCUGGAGAAGCCGAACCCGCCAGAGUGGGUGUUUGCCACCAGUCUGGAUCUUGAAGGACCUAAUGCGAAGAAGUUGGAAAACCUGGCUCUGCAACAUCCAAACCUGGUGGUGCUACAGUUAGAUAUCCGAGAUCUGAAGAGCAUCGAGGCUGCUGUGCAGAGAGUCGAGGAGCAUGUCAAAGGAAAUGGCCUGACAUUGCUAAUCAACAAUGCUGGCAUUUUGGUCAAGUUUACCCAUUUGGCUAAUGAAACAGCCAAGAACAUGUAUGACCUGUACAAUACAAACACUGUGGGAACCUUGCAAGUCAGUCAGGCCUUCUUCCCCUUGCUGAAGGUUGCUGCCCAAAGAAGCCUCCAAGAAGGGCUGAGCUGCAGCAAGGCAGCCAUCGCCAACAUAGCCAGUGACUUUGGCUCUAUGGAGGAAGUAAUUGGAUGGGGCCUCUCUCAAGUCAUCUCCUACCGCUGCAGCAAGGUUGCUGUGAACAUGCUGACCAGGUGCCAGUCCUUGGAGUAUGGUCCGUUGGGGAUCCUUUGCAUCUCCAUCCACCCUGGCUGGGUGAAAACUGCCAUGGGGACAUGUCUGGUCCCAACUACAGUGACUGAGAGUACCAGUGGGAUCUUGAAAGUGCUUUCUGAUGUCACUGAGAAAGACGCAGGGUCUUUCCUUGACUGGAAAGGGCGUGUUGUUCCUUGGUGAGAAAACGAGUCACAAAUCAUGGACAUCCAUCCAUCCUUCUGCUCCAUGUGUUGGCAAUAAAAUAAAA